AUGGCACUGCAAUGGAAGCCUCUGUCGCUGUGUGCUUCACGUGGGAAGCGCCGCAGCGGCAAGGGCAAGGGUGGCAAGGGUGGGGGUGGCGGGGGUGGUGGGAGCAGCGGUGGUGGCGGUGGAGGUGGUGGGGGAGGAGGAGGUGGAGGCUGCAGGGGAGGAGGAGGGGGUGGUGGGAGCAGUGGAGGUGGUGGAGGGGGUGGGGGUGGCACUAGAGGUGGAGUUGGAGGAGGAGGGGCUGGAGGUCAGGCCACUCGUUCAGCUGCGUCUGGUGGUGCAGCGGGGGGUGGAGGUGGCUCUGGGGGUGGCCACCAGCAGCAGCCGAGCCGCCAGGCGUAG